CGGUCCAACAUAAAAUCACAGAGGAUAAAACCCAAAACCCUACUCUUCAUCUCCGUAAACCCUCUCUGUGUCACUGUCUGGCAUCACUCAUCUAACUGUCACCUUGUUAUCCUUUCACAUUAGUGAUUAUGUGAAAUUGAACGAGUUUCAUUUCAUUUAAGUUGUUAAUUUAGUAAAGAAGAGAGAUUAUCAUUAUGGAGGUGAAGCGGAAGUCACCGCUCCAGGUUCAAGCUCUUCAGAAAUACUAUUUAGCAGAGGAGAAGUAUCCUACUAAAUCAGAAAUAGAAGACAUUGCUGCUGCUUUGGACUUAACAUUCAAGCAGGUCAGAACAUGGUUUAUUGAGAAGAGGAGGAGAGAUAAAAGUGAUGAAGGAUUGGUUUUUCCAACUACUAGAAAUAGAGAGAAAAACAACCCUUCAUCUUCUAAAUAUAAACAUGUAUCUAGGGUUGACAGCAGUAUUGGCAAGAGAAAGAAGAAUGGUAUUCUUCUUCAAGAUUUGCUACCUCCUAAUUACAUUCUGAAAAAGGUGUUUCGUAAGGAUGGUCCUCCACUUGGUGUGGAAUUUGAUGCUCUUCCUUCUCGAGCGUUGUGCCUUUGGAAAGAUUCUAGGAAUUCGAAUCCUGCCUUGGAAGAGAAACAAAGAACAGGGAAAAGGAGAAAGGUAUCCAUGCAAGAGGGAUUGGGUCAUCAAGGUUGCUAUACGAAUAGGGAUCCUACGAGGAAGCAUGGUGUUGGGAAAGGUUUGAUGACAGUCUGGCGGGUAGUCAAUCCCAAUGGGGGGAGGUUUCCUACCGGAAUCAGUUCUGCUGACAGACAAGACUCUGAUGUAGCUCAGACAACAGCCACUGUACCAAAAAAGCCGCCACUUCGAAAGAAAAGAAAUCAGCAAAUUGUAUCUUUGUUGAAACAGAGAAGGUUAGCAAGUGAAUUGCAGGAGAAGAGGAAGACUUCUCUUAAACGGAGACAGGUGAAAUUGAACAGGGAUGAGAAUCAAAGGCUGCCACCCAAAGAGAAAUGUGAACUUGCUAUGGAAGGACCAAUAUCUCAAGAGCGCCUUGAUCAAAUUGCAAUGCUAGUAGAUGAUGAAGAGCUGGAAUUAAGAGGGUUAGAAGCAGGACCAAAUCCAUUAACAUGUGAUCAUGUUUCUACAAAUGGCCAGCAUGGUUGUUCCCUUUGCAGAGAUUUGCUUGCCAAAUUUCCUCCUGAUUCUGUCAAGAUGAAGAAACCAUUUGGUACACAACCUUGGGAUUCUUCUCCAGACAAUGUCAAGAAAUUGUUUAAGGUUUUCCACUUCCUUUAUACGUACUCUGCUAUUGUUGAUAUUUGCUCAUUCACACUUGAUGAGUUUGCCCAAUCAUUUCAUGAUAAGGAUUCAUUUUUGCUAGGAAAAAUUCAUGUUGCCCUCCUCAAACUUCUUCUCUCUGAUGUUGUUAUGGAGCUCAGUAGGGGCCAUUCGACACAUUUGAGUGUAUCAUGCAAGUUCCUUGCGUUAAUUCACUCGGUUGAAAGUCAGCAAUUCCCUGUAGAGUUAUGGAACGAAUUCUUGAACCCUCUAACAUGGACUGAAAUUCUGCGUCAAGUAUUGGUUGCUGCUGGUUUUGGUUCAAAGCAAGGUUCAUCAAAGAGGGAAUCCCUCAGCAAGGAAAUGGCCCUCAUGUUGAAGUAUGGCUUACGCCUCGGUACGUUGAAGGGUGAACUAUUUAAGAUUCUGUUAGAGCAAGGAAAUAAUGGGUUGAAAGUUUCUCAAAUAGCAAAGAUGUCACAGAUUGUUGAAUUGAAUCUCGCUUCCACAACCCAGGAGCUUGAAGUUUUGAUAUCUUCAACACUUUCAAGUGAUAUUAGUUUAUUUGAAAAGAUAUCGUCAUCAUCAUAUCGUCUGCGUAUUAACUCUUUAAAGGAAGUCAAUGAUUUUGAGUCAGAUACUGAGGACUCUGGUAGUGUCGAUGAUAACUCUGAUGGUGGUGACCCAUGCAGCAGUGGUGAUGAUUCAGACUAUGAUUCGGAAAAUCACUAUCGAAGAAGACUUAAGCAUGUGAAUUCUUGUAACGGUAAAAAUAACAAGCUGAUAGUUUACUCUGAAAUUGAUGAGAGCCACCCAGGAGAAGCAUGGUUGUUAGGACUUAUGGAAGGCGAAUAUUUUGAUUUAAGCAUUGAUGAGAAGUUGAAUGCCUUAGUGAGUCUAAUUGAUCUUGUUAGUGCUGGAUCCACUAUCAGAUUGCAGGAUCCAACAAAAGCCAUUGUUGAAAGCAUUCCUAGUGUCCAUCUACAUGGUUCUGGAGCAAAAAUAAAGAGAUCAUCAUCAGCCCAGCAUAGGUCAUCCUGGAUCCAUGGUGGACAAACACAUGAUGUAAAAGCAUAUACAUCAUCAGAUUUGCGUCCAGCGGAUUCUUCAUUAUGGACAUCUCAUGGAAAUGAGAAAUCCUCAAGCCAUGGAAAAGAAGCAAAAGAAAUGGAAGGUUUUAAUGAUUUACACCCAAUGCAAUCUGUAUAUUUGGGUUCUGAUCGAAGGUACAAUAGAUACUGGCUUUUCUUGGGCCCUUGCAAUGCAUAUGAUCCUGGUCACAAGAGCGUUUAUUUUGAAUCUUCUGAAGAUGGUCACUGGGAAGUGAUCGAUACUGAAAAGGCUUUGCAUGCUUUGCUAUCUGUUUUAGAUGACAGAGGUAGACGGGAGGCUCUUCUCAUUGAAUCUUUGGAGAAGCGUGAAGCUUUUCUCUGCCAAGCAAUGUCAAGUAGACUGCUUAACAACCCUGAAAUCAGGCACUUGGCACAAUCUGAUCGGUCUGAGCUGGAUAUAGUUAGAGAAGACAGUUCUUCUCCAGUGUCUGAUGUGGACAACAACCUAAACCUUACUGAGAUCACAACUGAUUCUGUGCCUCCAUCUGGUGCUAUAGUUCUUGAAGUGGGGAAGAAGGGAGAAGAACAUACUCAAAAGUGGAGUCGUCUCCAAGCAUUUGAUGUGUGGAUAUGGAAUUCUUUUUACUUGAAUCUUAAUGCUGUAAAACAUGGUAAAAGGUCCUAUCUCGAUGCAUUAACUAGAUGUGAAAGUUGUCAUGAUUUAUAUUGGAGAGAUGAGAAGCACUGUAGGAUAUGCCACAUGACAUUUGAGCUUGAUUUUGAUCUAGAAGAAAGAUAUACCAUCCAUACUGCCACAUGUAGGGGGAGAGCAGAGAAUGGCACAGUUCCAAAGUAUAAAAUCCUUUCUUCACAGCUGCAGUCACUGAAAGCUGCCAUUCAUGCAAUUGAGUCAGUUAUGCCUGAAGAUGCUUUGGUGGGUGCUUGGACAAAAUCUGCUCAUAGGUUAUGGGUCAAACGGCUGAGGCGCACCUCAACUUUGGCUGAGCUUUUGCAGGUUGUUGCUGAUUUUGUUGGUGCAAUCAAUGAGGAGUGGCUUUGUCAGUGGAAUGUUGCACAAGGUGGUAGUGCUGUUAUGGAUGAAAUCAUUGAAUGCUUUCCGGCCAUGCCCCAAACGUCAUCUGCACUGGCUUUAUGGUUGGUGAAAUUGGAUGCCUUAAUAGCUCCAUAUUUGGAAAAGGUUCAUUCUGAAAAGCAACUGACAACCAGAUGUAGAGGUAAACGUGUUGAUCAGUAAAGCACCAUUCAGUCCAAUGCUUGCUUGGGGUAGUUACAUAUCUGCACAUGGAAGCACUUACUUGCAGGAGUGUAACCAUCGAUUCAUUAUUGUUGCCAUCCUGAUCUAAUAUCCAAAUCAGUAAAGCACGCGCGAAGCCAAUUUUGCUGUAUUUUGAUUGAAGAGGAUUAUCGUGCCAUAGUCAGAGACAAAAUGCAACAGGAUGAAGGCAAAACACAUUAGUUUUGUACAGUGCAGAUUUUUUGAGUCUUAACAAAACUUUUAGACUGUUGCUGAACUUGGGCAAACUAAGAACUUUUAUGUUUCGCAGCAGCAUUACAUUGAUACGACACAAACUCUAGUCUUGUAGAAAAGAAUACUACUGGGUUAUUGCUUCUCGGUGUUUGAGCAAUCAGAUUUCCCACUGUAUACUUGUCAGAUUUCUGUUGUCAAUAAAUUUUGUCAAUAUACUCUCUCAACAAAGUAAUGGAAGGUAAUAUUGUAACA